AUGAAGAAUAUCAACACCUUUGAGAACAGAAUGUUAAUGCUUGAUGGGAUGCCGUCAGUCAGAGUCAAAACAGAGCUUUUGGAAUCUGAACAAGGGUCUCCAAACGUCCACAACUACCCCGAUAUGGAAGCUGUUCCCCUGUUGCUAAAUAAUGUGAAAGGGGAGCCUCCGGAGGACUCGUUGUCUGUAGAUCACUUCCAAACACAAACUGAGCCAGUGGACUUGUCGAUCAACAAAGCCAGGACAUCCCCCACAGCUGUUUCAUCCUCCCCAGUUUCCAUGACAGCGUCUGCCUCCUCGCCUUCUUCAACUUCAACCUCUUCAUCGUCUUCUAGUCGUCCAGCCUCAUCCCCAACUGUUAUAACAUCCGUAUCUUCUGCAUCAUCUUCGUCAACAGUAUUAACUCCAGGGCCCCUUGUCGCCUCCGCGUCUGGUGUGGGAGGCCAGCAGUUUUUGCACAUUAUCCAUCCUGUACCGCCUUCAAGUCCCAUGAAUUUACAGUCUAACAAACUGAGUCACGUUCACCGCAUCCCUGUGGUGGUACAGUCGGUGCCUGUUGUCUACACAGCUGUGCGGUCACCUGGAAAUGUGAACAACACUAUCGUAGUGCCGCUUUUGGAGGAUGGGAGAAGCCAUGGCAAAGCACAAAUGGACCCCCGAGGCCUAUCUCCCAGACAAAGUAAAAGUGACAGUGACGAUGAUGACCUGCCAAAUGUGACCUUAGAUAGCGUUAAUGAGACUGGAUCUACGGCCCUUUCCAUAGCCAGAGCAGUACAAGAAGUACAUCCGUCCCCAGUAUCAAGGGUCCGGGGAAAUCGAAUGAAUAAUCAGAAGUUUGCUUGUUCAAUUUCACCAUUUAGUAUUGAGAGCACAAGACGCCAGAGACGGUCUGAGUCCCCCGACUCCAGGAAACGGCGUAUCCACAGAUGUGAUUUUGAGGGAUGCAACAAAGUAUACACAAAGAGUUCUCACCUGAAGGCUCAUCGAAGGACACAUACAGGAGAGAAACCGUACAAGUGCACCUGGGAAGGCUGCACCUGGAAGUUCGCGCGCUCGGACGAACUGACAAGGCAUUACCGCAAACACACGGGAGUGAAGCCAUUCAAGUGCGCGGACUGUGACCGCAGCUUUUCCCGGUCGGAUCACUUGGCACUGCACCGCCGGAGGCACAUGCUGGUGUGAGGAGUGCUACCUGUCCAGCUGGGCGUGAGAGCUGGGUCUCUUAGCGGCACCCAAUUCAGCAGGGCUGAAUCCCCGUCACAGUGUUCACACAAAAGGGCAUCACCAUCCCACGAUGUCUGAACCCAGAGCAGGAAAAGGAAGGAACUCUCCUCCUUGCGGUCUGAAGGUAACCCCCAUCACGACCACACGAGAAACGUCUUCACGCUGGCCUGGGAGACCCGUGACACAAAUGCCGAAGAGCCAGGCAUCGUUUCCCGUGCUGUGUACUCUGCCAUUUCAAGAUGUCUGUAGCGUGUACGUUUUCUGAGCUGUCAGACAUUUUGUUACCGAUACCAUAAAGGUCGUCUACCACAAAUUGCUGGCUAGAGCAAGACCUUUUAAAUUUGGAUUCUUCUCCCCAUCAUCCCACCCCUUACCCUCUUUUUACUGAAAUUUUAGUUACUGUCUCAGUAAGAUAGAACACACAUCCAAUCUGUUACCAGCAAGCAGCAUGAAAGUAGAGAAGAAGAAGCCUGUUGGAGAGGUUCCAUUACCUGAAAAUAAAGGGGCACUCAGGCAGCCCUUUGCAAUAGCGAUGACGGCAACUAGAUAUCACCCGCAACUUGUCAUUCUGCCAUGCCCUGAAGAAAACCAACAUUGAACCUUUCAUUUGUUUGUCGUUGAUUGUUUUCGUUUUGUUUUGAUUCUGUUUUGUUCAUCUGUUCGAGCAGAGGGGCAGCGACAUUUCAGUUGGAGCCCAGUCUCGGUGUCUGCCCUGGCAUGGACUGGCACAGAGGUGUUCUGUAGUUGAAUAGGAAGAGCCUGUCUAAAAAACUACUGCCCCACUUCAAAUUGCAGUGUUCUGUCACCUAGGCAUCAUCUCUUCCUGCCCCUAGUAUUUGAUUACAAGGAAUCAGGGGAAGAAAAAAAAAAAACUUUCUUAGACACACUGGCACCAAGGUAAGAGGUGGGGCUGCUCAGGCAAAGUCAGUGAACAUGAAAAAUCAGACAAAGCAGAGAUGGAAUAAUGCGCCUCUUGAGGAGAAAAGCAAUAAUGAAUAAAAGGACUUGCCUACAAUAACUUCACUGAGGACUCACGUUACCAAUUUUCAUACUUACUAAAGGGAUUGUAAAAAACACCCUAGCAUUUUAGAUGCUUUGGUUACAUUCACAGCCCUGAGGUAAUCUUUCUGCUGUUUGUUGUCCUGCUUGGUUGAGUCCCACAAUUAAAGAGUAUGCUCCCCUUUUCUUGUUUGAAAACAGUUAUUUGGUGACUAGAAAAGCCAAGGAGGCAUAGCAGGGAGUUAACCCGUGGGCUAAUGGGUCAGUUCUCCUUGGAACCGAGUCAGUGGAAAGGGAGCGCUCCCCGAGGAAAGCCUGACAUGGUGCUAGUAUCCUCACUCGGAGAGCCAAGGCUGAGUGACUCUCCAAUAGGUUCUUCUAUAUAGACUUCAUUUUCUAAACCGUAUCAGAACCCAGGGGUUCUACACUGGCAUCUACGGGGAUGUUGAACCCACUCAUCCUAUGCUGAGGGUGAGAGGAAGGAGAUGAUCAUCCCGUCAGCCCCCUAAAAUCAUGAGCCUUUCUUGCAACUAGCGAAGUAUACAGGAAACAAAGCAAUACAUCACCAACAAGCAUUCUUUUAGAAAAAUUAUCAUAUGUGUUUCCCCACUAAGAGCUGGGUUGUUGUGUUUUUUUUCUUCAGCUUUACGUGGCGAAGGGGCUUGGUGAGUUUUUUUGUUAUUGUUGUUGUCGUUGUUAAGAUUUUUUAUAGCUUAGAUAUAAAAAGUUGCCAGCAUAGGCCUUUGCAACAUAUUUUAAUCACAAACACUUGAUUUGGGGAAUUGCACAAAUUAACCUCACGAUAUUCCUAGCUCAUUUUUCAAUGUUUGAACAUUCUGAAAUAAUUUCCGGUUGUAGAACUAUCCUUUUCAGGAUCAUCUUCUUGUUCAGAGAAACUUUAAUGAUGAAGCAAGAACUAUAAACAUUGAAACAAGGACAAUUCAUGUCGGAUGGUAUUAAAAGGAAUUGUUUUUAAAUGUUCAAGCAACAGCAUCAUGAUUUUCAGGUCAAAUUCCGUCUUCAAAAAUACGUGCUCUGCAUUUUCUGCCAGGUCUGAAAAAUUCAUCAGGCAUCUUUCCUUCGAACAAGGGCUGCGAUUCUAUUGAUAAACAGCU